GAUUUCAAGGAAAAGGGUGCCGUGGGUGCGGUCAAAGAUGCUGUGGCCGACGCAGGCGACAUUCUCAUCGACGGUGUCUCAGGCAUCAUCGGCUGGAUUCGGGGCGAGCCCCCAGCAGAGGAGGAGAGUGAGAAAGCCGAGGAUGCCACGAAGGCCUUGGCCUAUGGCCCUAAUGGCGCUGCCUAUGGCAUCUCGCAGGCCUCUCCGACUGGAGGCAUCAACGCGGUUUGGGUAAUGCCCGAG